CCGCCCCUAUUGGGGAGGAGCCACGGCCCAGGACUGGCCUAAGCCGCCGCAGGCAUAGGACACCAUGAAGCAGCUGCCAGUCUUGGAGCCUGGAGACAAGCCCAGAAAAGCAACAUGGUACACCUUGACCCCGGUUGGAGACAGCCCCUGUGCUCGGGUUGGCCAUAGCUGCUCAUAUUUACCCCCUGUUGGUGAUGCCGAGAGAGGGAAGGUCUUCAUUGUUGGGGGAGCAGAUCCAAACAGGAGCUUCUCAGAUGUGCACACCAUAGAUCUGGGAACACACCAGUGGGAUUUAGCCACCUCGGAGGGCCUCUUGCCCCGGUACGAGCAUGCCAGCUUUGUUCCCUCCUGCACACCUCACAGCAUCUGGGUGUUUGGAGGUGCCAACCAGUCAGGAAAUCGAAAUUGCCUACAAGUUCUGAAUCCUGAAACGAGGACUUGGACCAUGCCAAAGGUGACCAGCCCACCACCAUCCCCAAGAACAUUCCACACGUCAUCGGCAACCAUCGGAAACCAGCUGUAUGUCUUUGGGGGCGGAGAGAGAGGCGCCCAGCCCGUGCAGGAUGUGAAGCUGCAUGUGUUUGAUGCAAAUACGCUGACCUGGUCACAACCAGAGACACUUGGAAAACCUCCAUCCCCCCGGCAUGGUCAUGUGAUGGUGGCGGCAGGGACAAAGCUCUUCAUCCAUGGAGGCUUGGCAGAGGACAAUUUCUAUGAUGAUCUCCAUUGCAUUGAUAUCAGUGACAUGAAGUGGCAGAAGCUAAGUCCCACUGGGGCAGCUCCCACAGGCUGUGCUGCCCACUCAGCUGUGGCUGUAGGAAAGCACCUGUAUAUCUUUGGAGGGAUGACUCCCACUGGAGCCCUGGGCACAAUGUACCAGUAUCACAUAGAAAAGCAGCAUUGGACCUUGCUUAAAUUUGAUACUUUUCUACCCCCUGGACGACUGGACCAUUCCAUGUGUAUCAUUCCAUGGCCGGUGACGUGUACUUCUGAGAAAGAUUCAAAUUCUGCCACUCUAAACUGUGCUGCUGAGAAAGGGGAUUCCACUGAGAAAGGAGUAACCCAAGGUGGUGACUCUCAUGAAGAAGGUCAGACUGACACACUACUCUGUUUCGUGUUUGGUGGGAUGAAUACAGAAGGGGAAAUCUAUAAUGAUUGUAUUGUGACUGUAGUUGAUUAAUAAAACCACAUUUUUA